UUUAUCGUGUGCUCCAAACUAGUGCAAUUCAACCCCAAUUGCAGCGCCACCAAGUACCAGCUGUUCGUUGUGUUAAUUAAACGUGACCUGCCUGAAGACCGAUCUUCAGUGCUGCUUCUACGUGUAACCAGAGCGCCAACCUCGCCAAAGCCAGCAAAACGACCCUUUUCGCUCCCACUUGCUUUGGGGGUCGUCUCCAGUUGCUCUAAAGCACAGGUUCGGCGGAAUUCUUCGAGCGCCUCCAACGGACGCCGAUCGUCGGUCGGGCGCCGCGACUCCAGGCGGGGUCCGAUAGAAAAAGGGGAGCGUCCUGAGGCGCGCCCCCCUAAAUCCCCAAACAAGGAAGACAACAGUCGACGCUCUAAAGUUGAUGACGAAUCAGUGAAAAACUGUCAACAAAUUCCAGCGGAAAGUGAAGCUUCUCAAUCUGGCGCAGUGCAGACAAACAGUUGUCUGGCACAGUUAGCAAAUAUACGACUCGAAUUGCAAGAAGCCCAAGAAACUGCUAUUGACCCACCCGAAUUCCCACACACUGUGAUAAACAACGGCUUAGAGUCCGACAUUAGCUCUAUAAGGAAAACGAUCAGCGACCGACGGUCAGCUUUUCUGCGUAGCGACAGCGCUCCAGUCAGUUUCGAAUCCAGAGUUAAGAUUACGUUGACCAGCGCUGAGCAGCAAACCGGUUUGCCGAGUGGCACCAGAUCGCUACCCCGAGCCACUUUCAAGCCUUUCGAGCAAUGCAAAACGGCUUCAAGUCGGCUGCUGAUUGCUGGAUUGGAAAACGCUUGUAGACCGAACAUGGAAACGUCCAUCGAUUCCAUUGGAAAGUGUUCCUUGGACAUGGAAGCAUCCAGGGAACUGCCAGCAGAUUGGUCAGAAGUCGGCUCCACCGGAACAUUGUGCGGUUCUAAGGUUUUGGCUCCGCAAGUGGAACGACAACAGCAGCAGCAGCAUCAUCUACCAUCAUACCUAAGUUUAGCCUGUACUGUGAACGGGUAUUCGACCACAACCAAUUACGAUCCAGUGCGUUUGGCCCGAUCCCGAGAUGCUUCUCCUCAUCGCAUCGACCAUGCCAACCAUUAUCUGACAGAGCAGCCAUCAGCAGCCUACAGUGUGACCAACAACUUGCUGUCUCCACCCAAUCUAGUGCCGCUUCCGACACCAAAGACCACCAUCGAGAGCACCAUGUCGGAUGAGGCCCUGCGAGCCCAUCAGCCCAAGGACUACUACUGCUACACGAAGACUGUCACGUUCUUCAGCAAUGAGUCUCAUCACUUCUCCAAUAGUCUGGAUCCAUCCAAAGACGCUACCGAUGCCUGUGUGCGACAAUCCUCAAAGCUCUUUGCCUACAGCAGGACUAUGGACGGGAACAUUGACAGCACGACCAUAAGCAAAGAGUUCACCAAUGGCAAAGAGACCAAGUCCUUCAUCCAGCAGAGAGUGGAGAGGCUUUAUGGGCCCGGCGCUCUGGCCCAAGGGUUUUUUGUAUCGAAGCGCCAGAAGAACCGCUUGUCUGAAAGCGAGGAUGCGAACACGCAACUCAACAAAACCAUCCCGGAAAAGCUUUCGGAUGAGGAAAACUUGGAACCGGUCAUGAUGAGACAGGAGGGCAACAGCAAUGCGUCUUUGCCGGUUCUGCGCCACUUGAGGCCGGAGUUUCGGGCGCAGCUGCCACUCGCCAGUCCGAAGAAAGUUGCCGAUGUGCAAGUUCUGAAAAGUGUCACAGUUCCUAAGUUAACAGACGCAGCGAAAGUGAACGGAGUUGCCACAAGCCGUGCGAACUGUAUCGAUGAGUUACCAGUGAUUAAGCAGAAUGGCAAUGUGGAUUCUGGUGCAGUUAAGGAAGACUCAAGUGAAAAAGACGGUCAUUAUUUCUUGAAAAUCCUGGACGAGCAGAGUAACAGAUUGUUGGCACUGGCCGACAGAGUGGACGACGAUAUUGAAAAUCCCAAUUUGUCCGAGGAAAUUAUCGGCAAAUUAAGAUCAGCAUCCGGCAAGGCCAAGCUGCUGGUUUCGCAGAAGAUACAACAAUUCAAAGGGCUGUGUACUAAUAAUAUUAACCAGUGUGCAGGAGAAGCAUUCCCGACUACUAAUCAAGACUUGCAAGGCUUUUGGGACAUGGUCAUGUUGCAAGUGGACCAGGUGGAUAGGAUUUUUGAAGAUAUAGACACAUUGCGGCAGAAUAAUUGGAUCGAGGAUACCACGACAAAAGAGGAAGUGAAAACGAACGGCGCUUCAUCAAAACCACGCAAAAUAGUAUCAAAGCCGAAGAUGAAUGCAGCAGCUGAACAAGCGCGCAAAAUGCGCGAAGAGCAGCGAAAAAAGAUGAUGGAGGAUCGGCGAAAAGCGAUGAAAGCUCAACAGUCUAGCCAGCCCAGUAUAAAAAUUUUCGUGCCGGAAUCUAGCUGAAAAUUGCCCAAUUUUUACUUAAAGUAAUAGAAAUUUAAACGGUGUUAUUGCUACCGCUUUGCACCCUCACCUAAGCAACAUGAAAUGACAAGUUUGAGGUUUGAAGACUUUUACAGCGCAAAACGUUACUUCGGCAGUUUUUUUUUAAAUAUUAAUCAAGCCAAAACUAAAUGUAUUCAAACUUCAUAGCAUUCGACUAUAAUGUGACAAAAACUGAUUAUAAAUAUACAUGCUGCGACAUUAUUUAUUUCUAGACUAUUGUUAAUAAUUGCCUACUUUAACGUAUAACUUCAUUAUUUAUUAACGUUAAGUUUGAGAGAUGUAGUCGAGCGCCUGAAGUGAUGGUUGCCGGACAAUUAUGCAAUUCAGAGUUUUACCUAUGAUCGACUGAGACCCAGCAAUGUUGAUCACUUUGUGUUUUGUGCUAUUGUGAAUGCGGCAAAAUGGUUGCGCUACAGGUGGAUCGUCUGGCGGACGCACUCAAAAACGUUCCAUUUCUAUCGCAAGCAUUUUUUCGAGAAAAAAUUGUGAUUUUUUAGGAAUUUGUUUCAGAUCUAAUUUUACGAAUAAAAGACUGAGAUUUAAGUGAAAAGCUACGUUUACUACCGCUUUCUACUCAACCACAACAGCAUACAAUUACAUUCCCAGUGCUUUUAUAAACGACUGGAACUUUUUUAAAUAUAUGUAUACACACUCGGUAGCAAUGCUAUUGAUUGAGAUUACGGUUUGAACUUUUUUGUACUGUUCUUAGUUUAUCAGCUGUUUUUUAAGGUGUUAAUUGACGAUUGGCAAAUAUGUUAUUUGAGAAUUAGGACACAUUAACUGCAAAAAUAAAGGAUUUCUUUCA